AUGGUGAACAGAGAAGCUAAGAGAGCAAAAAAGGAAUGGUUAGAAAAUAAGUGCUCAGAAAUAGAAAAUUGUCUAGUUAGAGGCUUAAGUGAUAAAGCAUAUAAAAUUAUAAAACAGUUCUUUGGGGCAUACAAAAGCGGAGCAAAAGUACUUAGAGAUAAAGAUGGAAAUAUGGUUCUGGAAGAUAGAGAAAAAAUUCUAGUAUGGAAAGAAUACAUAGAAGAGUUAUACAAAAUAGGAAACACGGACAAAAGAUACAGACCACCAGAAGUGGAAAAUGGAAAUUUUGACUCUAUAGGACCUACCAUCAUGAUAGAAGAAAUCGAAUUAGCAAUAAAGGAACUAAAACGUAAUAAAGCCCCUGGAAUCGAUAAUCUGAAUGAUGAACUUCUGAUAGCCUUAGAAGGAACGGGAAAAGAAGCGAUGUGUAAUAUAAUAAUAAAUACCUAUGAAACAGGAGAAUUGCCUAAAGACUUCGAAAAAUACGUAAUGAUACAUAUACCAAAAAAGCAAAAAGCUGAAAAAUGCGAAAAGUAUAGAACAUUAAGCUUAAUAUCCCAUGCGUCAAAAAUUUUAACAAAAAUAGUACAUAAAAGAAUAGAAAAGAAAAUAAAGGAUAUUUUAACAGAAGAUCAAUUUAGAUUUAGGAAAAAUAGAGGGACAAAAGAAGCAAUCCUAUGUCUUAGAUUAAUUAUAGAGAAAAUGUUCAGAAUAAAUAAACCCAUAUCUAUAACCUUCGUAGAUUUGGAAAAGGCAUUUGACAAUGUUAGAUGGGAAAAACUUUUUCAUAUUAUGGAUAAGAUAGGUAUUGACUUUAAAGACAAAAGAUUAAUACAUAAAUUAUAUAUAAAUGAAAAGGCUGUGAUAAAAGGCGAAUACGACACAUACGAAGAGGCGAAAGUUCAAAAAGGAGUAAGACAAGGGUGUAAUUUAUCACCUGCUUUAUUUAACUUAUACAUUGAGGAAGCGCUAAAAGAUCUGAGAGAGGAAGAGGUAGGAGGGAUCAAGAUUGGUGGGAUGCUAGUCCAGAUGCUUCGAUUUGCAGAUGAUAUUGCCAUGAUAGCAGACAGUGAAAAAAUCUAG